UGCAUUUCUUCCCUUUCUCCUUCCUUCCUUUCUCCCCUCUCUAGUUUAUAAGCAUGCUUUCUGCUCUUCCUUUUCAGGGAAACCCAUUCCCGGCGUUGGACUACGCUUUCAUGCCGUGGGAUGGGCUUGACUCUUUGGGCUUCAAGCCCACCAGCCCCAAUCCCGUCACUUCGAGUUCCGGCUCAGGCUACCCAAACCGAACCCAUGCCGAAGAAAAACCGGCCUCGGACAAGUCGAACCACGUCACGUCCGUCAUGGAGGAGCGGAAACGCAGGAGAAUGAUAUCGAACCGGGAAUCGGCCCGAAGGUCACGCAUUCGUAAACAGAGACAUCUUGAGAACUUACGGAACCAGAUGAAUCUAUUUAGGGUUGAAAAUCGAAAACUGAACAACGGGUUGCAGUUUCUCCUUCACCACUGUAACCGCCUGAGAACCGAAAACGAGUGGCUCCUGUCCGAACGACCCAUGCUCCGUCAAAAACUAGCCAACAUAAAUCAAAUUUUGCUUUUCCGACAUUUGCAACCAUUUUCCUCUGCAUGGCCCUGCAAUAUUGUCUUGGCGGAAUAAACCUUUGAUCACCAUUAACCAUGUAAACCAAUCACAAUUCGCCCUCCCUUAUUAAAUAACUAAAUGCAGUAAUAUUUGUUGUCCGUGUAAAAGAAUUGUUAAAGUUGAAUUAGGGCAA